UGGAAUAGUCAGAAGUCAUGGCCAUCUCCUAUAUAAAGCUUAGUCCAUCUUCUUCUCCACACAAACCAAUUCACUUCCUCUUCUUCUUCCAAACCCAAAUAUUUUAAAAAUGACACCCUGCAUCCACACCUCCAAUACCCAUCUUUCUCAAGACGAUACUUCUCGGUUCCGUUACAUGAACCUCUUCCCUGAUCGGAUUUCACGAACACCCAUCACGAAAACCUCAAACUCAAGCUCUCUGGACGGUGAUGGUGAUGAAGUCUGGAUUAAGAUGAUGGAAGAAGCUAAAUCAAACGUCGAGCAAGAACCCAUAUUGUCAAGCUACUAUUACUCUUCCAUUACAUCCCAUCGGUCGUUAGACUCCGCUUUGGCGAACAUUCUCUCCGUAAAGCUAAGCACUUUAACCUUACCGAGCAACACCCUCUUCGAGCUGUUCAUCAGCGUCUUACAAGAAAGCCCAGAGAUCACUGAAUCGUUGAAGAAAGACCUAAUAGCAGCAAAGGAAAGAGACCCGGCUUGCUUGAGCUACGUCCACUGCUUCCUAAGCUUCAAAGGCUUCCUCGCCUGCCAAGCUCAUCGCAUCGCUCACAAGCUCUGGACGCAAGACAGAAAGAUCCUCUCUUUACUCAUCCAGAACAGAGUAUCCGAAGCUUUCGCUGUCGAUAUCCAUCCGGGAGCGAAGAUCGGAGAUGGGAUUCUGUUAGACCACGCGACGGGGGUGGUGAUCGGCGAGACGGCGGUGGUCGGAGACAACGUUUCGAUUCUACACGGGGUGACGCUGGGAGGGACGGGGAAACAGGGCGGCGAUAGGCAUCCGAAGAUAGGGGAUGGAGUGUUGAUCGGAGCAGGGACUUGUAUACUGGGGAGUAUUAGGAUAGGAGAGGGAGCUAAGGUUGGAUCGGGUUCGGUGGUGCUUAAGGAUGUGCCGCCGCGUACGACGGCGGUUGGGAAUCCGGCGAGGUUGAUAGGUGGGAAGGAGAAUCCGAAAAUGGGAGAUAAGAUUCCUCCAGGUUUGACCAUGGACCAGACAUCGUAUUUGACCAACUGGUCUGAUUAUGUUAUCUAAACAAACAGUUUAACACACAACAACAAAAAAAGUGUAAUAUUACUGUUUGUCCUUUGCGCUGCGUUUUCUUGUAACCAAAAUCAAAGGCUAAGGUAAAUCUCAUUUGAGAAUAGUUUUCAUUAGUUUCUUUUAAGUC